AUGUCUGACCCCAGUUUGAACUCGAUGCAAGGCAAAGACUGCCAAUCUCGGAGGGACAGAAAGUACUACCUCGGUAUCCUUGGUCUCAAUGAAAACCAAGAGGCCAUUUUCAAAGAGAAAAUCCUCACCUUGGCCAAGGUUUACUUGGAUAUGGACAAGCCAGUCAGCAGGCAGAGGAUUGGGAGUUAUAUAUGGAAAAGUGUUAGCAGCAGUUGGAACAGGGAAGCAUAA